UCGCGACAGAGCCGUAAAGGCGCGCGGGCGGGAGCGGAGCAUGGCGGUGUAUUCGGCGGCGGCGGCCGUGCUGGCCGGCGUGGAGAGCCGCCAGGGUUCGCUCAAGGGGCUGGUGUAUGCCAGCAACUUCCAGAACGUGAAGCAGCUGUACGCGCUGGUGUGCGAGACGCAGCGCUACUCCGCGGUGCUGGACGCCGUGAUCGCCAACGCCGGCCUCCUGCGAGCCGAGAAGAAGCUGCGGCCGCACCUGGCCAAGGUGCUAGUAUAUGACUUACUGCUGGGGAAAGGCUUUAGAGGGCGCGGGGGCCGAUGGAAACCUCUGCUGGAGCGGCACCAGGCCAGGCUGAAGGCUGAGUUGGCCCGGCUCAAGGUUCGUCAAGGUGUGAGCCGGAACGAGGACCUGUUGGAAGUUGGAUCCAAGCCUGGCUCAGCCUCCCAGGUGCCUCGAUUUGUGCGAGUGAACACUCUGAAGACCUGCGCUGAGGAUGCCAUUGAUUAUUUUAAGAGACAAGGUUUCUCCUAUCAGGGUCGGGCUUCCGGCCUCGAGGACAUCAGGGCCCUCAAAGGGAAGUGUUUUCUCCUGGAUACCUUGCUGCCAGAGUUGCUUGUGUUUCCUGCCCAAACAGAUCUGCAUGACCAUCCACUGUAUCAAGCCGGUCACCUCAUCCUACAAGACAAGGCGAGCUGUCUCCCGGCCAUGCUGCUGGCUCCGCCCCCAGGGUCCCACGUCAUCGAUGCAUGCGCUGCCCCGGGCAAUAAGACCAGUCACCUGGCUGCUCUUCUCAAGAACCAAGGGAAGAUCUUCGCCUUUGACCAGGAUGCCAAGCGGCUGGCAUCUAUGGCUACCCUGCUGGCCCGGGCAGGGGUCUCCUGCUGCGAGCUGGCCGAGCAGGACUUCCUGGCGGUCUCGCCCUCGGACCAGCGUUAUUGUCAGGUCCAGUACAUCUUGCUGGAUCCCUCCUGUAGUGGCUCUGGGAUGCCCAGCAGACAGCUGGAGGAGCCCAAGGCUGGCAUGCCGAGCCCGGAGCGCCUGCGAGCACUGGCUGCCUUCCAGCAGCGGGCGCUGAGCCAUGCGCUCACGUUCCCUGCCCUGCGACGGCUCGUCUACUCCACAUGCUCCGUCUGCCAGGAAGAGAACGAAGACGUGGUGCGAGCCGCCCUGCAGCAGAGCCCAGGUGCCUUCAGGCUGGCUCCCGUCCUCCCCUCCUGGCCACACCGAGGCCUGGGCGCUUUUCCAGGCGCUGAACACUGCCUCCGGGCCUCUCCCGAGACCACGCUCACCGGGGGCUUCUUCAUUGCGGUGCUUGAACGGGCAGAGGUGCCGACCUCCGUCUCACAGGCCGAAGCACCAGUCUCAGAGCUGACACCCGGCCCUGCCCCAAAGAGGAGGAAGAGGCGGCGAAAAGCGGCGGCUGCCCCCAGCACACAGCCCGGCACAUAGCAGGGGCGCAGAGCGCCAACUCUUCUCAGGCCCUGGGCCCCAGGCGGCAGUUUGGUUACGGCUGGAGGAAGAAGACCGGGAACCCCGUUCUUCAGCUGGAGGGAGACGGGACACUCCUCUGCUUUGGGUCCCUUCCCUGGGUUGUGCUUUUGCGGGUGAGACGCACUGCUGCUCACAAAAAUAAAACGCAGGACAUGGUC